AAUUCCUUUGGGAGCUGACACCAUAAUAGGGACAUCCGUGCCAUCAGUUUGGCCUGUUAGCACGACGCAGACUUCACUAGGACCUCCAACACUUUGGCAGUAUCCUGCCCAGUUGCCCUUGGAGCCAGUGUUACCUAUGCCUAUGCCUCCUGUAGGUGUUCAACUAGUGAGGGAUCCUUUGACUGGAAACUUCAUAUUACUACCUACACCUACUGCUUUAGAACCGUUCCAGCAAACCGUCGUAUGGCCGAAUUAUCUUCUACCCCCUCCUCUUCAACCGCUACAAUUGUCCGAAUAUUUGAGUACUGGCAGUGCGACCACAUUACAUCAACAUCAUCACACGCAGACGCACAGUACCAGAUUGGUAGCGUUGGCAUCGGCUGAUGCGUCAGGGUUGCCUAAGACUAGAACUACGCGCAUGACUUCAGUGAAAUUGGAAGAAACGUCUCCUGGUAAACAAGAGGCGGUUGUAACAGCGCAUUUGGUUUAUCAUCAAGAUGCUGGUACAGGAACUUCCCCGGUCGCUUGCCUGACUCCACCCCCUGAAACAGUAGAACCUGAUGUACAAGAUGCAUCGAAUCAAACUGAUGAUGCACCGUUGCAUAGUGACGAGGACACUCAGUCUGCUGAAAAAGGAACUAUCUGCGAACCCGAAACGGUACCCGAACAGCAAAUAGCUUCAACUAUAUCUGUGAUAGAACCCCAACCUGUGAUUUUAAAUUUAUCCAAAUCCGAAAAGCGUGAACAUGUUCCGACUGAAACAAAACCUGGAGUAGAGGAGUUGGUAACUUCAACUGAAACGAUUGUACAACAAUCAGAAGUUUCUUGUGAAAUUGUUGCUAAAGAGGAAAUCGUAGAGAUGCUGACGCCUAAAGUUGAAGCCAAAGAUGACCAUAGACCAGUAAUUUCCGCUGAAAAAUGUGAACAAGUGGAGGUUCAAAAUAAACCAGAUUUAAGUGGUCUAGAAUUACUUUCAAACAGCAUUGAAGAGUUUGAAACUCGUGCGAUACAUGACACAGCUAGUCCCGGAUGUAAUAAUCAACAAAAUGUUGAAGAUGAAAACUCAGAAUUAGAUGGCCUUGGACUUCUUUGCGCUCUCGCCGAAAAACGAUUUAGAGAAGAAGUGGAUGUUAAAUCGCAAUUAGAAGAUAAGUCUUGCGAAAUCAGAUUUGAUGAGUUAAAACGUGAUGAUAUUAAUAAGCAGUCUCAUGAGAGCGACGAAUGUCAGGCGGAACAACCAUCUUUGCUCGUAUAUGAAGAAAAACUUGCCGAAUUGAAACGUCAAUAUAAAGAAACCUUGAAACAAAUGACGCGUCUAAAGCCAGCCGAAUAUCAAAAAUAUGAUCUUUCAAACGAAAAUACAGAAAUCAAAAGUCUGGAAUUGAGUCCUAUGUCAACAGAAGUAUUGAAGACGCCAUCGCCUUGUCCAUCGACAUCAUCGUCUAAAAAACGAAAAGUUGGAAGGCCGAAGAAAUUAUCAUCGGGGCACGGCAGACGGGUUACGACAGAAACUAUUUUUGCAAAAAAACCAAAGACCAAAGGUGGAAUUGUUGGUUAUCUUUUAUCAGGCAAAAGCACAAUGAGUAAAGGCGGAAUCAUAUAUACAAAAUCAAAUCCUCGUUCAGAUGAAGAAGACAAUCGCGAGCUAGCGAUGAUAAAAGUAGAUUCUAAAGAUAAUGAGUCUUGUGUAAAAGUAGAGUGCCCUGAAGAAGAUGAAAUUAUCAACGAAGAAGAAAGGCAAGAACAAAGACGCAAAGAAAGGCGCGAAAGAAAACAUAAAAAUAAAAGAUCAAGAGAAAGGCGACGACAAAUGAAGGCCGCGAAGAAAGCAGAGCCUCUCUUAAAAUGUGCAUUGACUGAUGAGCAUCUUGAAAAAGAUGGAUUAAGAGUUUUGUGUGCAAUGGGUGGAUUAUUUUAUGCGGGUAGACUGAGUGCUGUGCAAGCACCUGAUGUAUACGCAGUGACUUUAGAUGGAGAAAGGGGUAAUCGGCCGCACAUAUUGUCAAGAGAGGAAAUAAUGCGAGAUGCGUUUCUUGAGUUGUGUCCUUCGUCAGUGAAUGAAGUUCCACCGGGUACCCGACUAUGCGCUUAUUGGAGUCAGCAGUAUCGGUGUCUUUACCCGGGCACGUCCGCUUCGCCUGAAGGUACUCAACGCGAUGCGGACCGAUAUAUUUCCGUAGAAUUCGAUGAUGGUGACAAUGGUCGCAUCGCACUAGAAGAUAUAAGACUACUUGAACACGAUUAUCCUAUAGUUGAAUAUGAUCCAAAUCCUUUGCUAUCUUUGGGAAAACGAAAGAGGCGCGCUAGCCGCUCAGAUACGGUCGAGACGCAGAUCAAUAAAAUAAUAAAAGAAGAGGAUGGUACCGAACUCGAGGAUCUCGAUAGCACAUCAUCUCCGACAAGCACAUGUAAAGUACAAAUGUCCGACGAAGAAGCCCGCAGGGAACGCAAGCGAAUGAGAAAGUUAAAGAAACGACGCAGGGAGGAGGAAGCUGGAGAAGAUGAAGGCGAACGUAAACGUCGCAAAAAACAUCGAUGCCGUGACGAAUCCUGCAAAAGGCGUCAUCAUAAGAAACAUCGUAGACAUAGGCACAGACAUCGCUCUUCUUCACCACCAUUAGCCAAUCCAUUGUCGAUUCAGCAGAAUCAGUCAGCUUCGGAAAGGACUGAAAUCGUUCGUCGCAGCGCAUUUGGAGAUACAUUUAUGUCCUCUAGGAAUGCUGAUUCGACCAAUCAUGAAGACAAAGCUGAUUCCAAGGAAGACGAGUUGCUCAUAGAAGCAUGUGUUGAAGAAGAAAGCAAUGAAUCUUCGCAGUUGAAUGAUACAACAGAAGAAAGUGUCAAAAGUCCUAUGGCUGCAUUUCUUCCUGCAAGACAACUUUGGACUUGGCAAGGUGCUGGAAGGAAAGGGAGAAAUAAGAAAAUUUUUCACCGUGCUAUACAGAGAGGUCAUGAAGUUAUUUCUGUGGGUGAUUGUGCUGUAUUUUUAUCAACUGCUAGCCCAACUCGACCUUAUAUUGGACGCAUUGAAUGUUUAUGGGAGACAACUAGCAAAAAUAAAGUUAGGGUUCGAUGGUUUUAUCAUCCCGAAGAAACGUAUGAAUGCCCAGCAGAGCAACUAAAAUAUCCUGGCGCUCUAUUUGAAUCACCACAUAUUGAUGAGAAUGAUGUGCAAACAAUUUCUCACAAAUGCGAUGUGUUGGAUGUAGUAAAAUAUAUCAAUCGUCUUGGAAUGGAUCCAAGUCGUUACUCAACCAUAUAUGAAAACAAUGAUACAUUCUAUAUUGCUGGUCAUUAUGAGCCAGCUUCUAAAGUACUCUCAAUGCUUCCAGGUGUACCUUUAUUAGAUUUGUAAGUCAUAAGAUUUAUUUACAUACGCUCCACAUGAUUUGUGCGGCCAAAUUUCAAAUAAAAAAUUAAAAUCAAAUGUAUAAACUGAAUCAAUUAAUAUGUAUUAAAUUAUAUGAAAAAAAUGUCCUUAAAAGUAAACUAUUUUAUUAGGUAU